CCCCCCCAAAUUGCUGCGCCGCACCCUUGCACGACACAACAGCAGGCAGGUACGUCUGAGCACGAAGCUAAGAGCAAGAUGGCGCACAGGGUCCAACUAGCGUUGUACGACUUGUCACGCGGAAUGGCGAAAGCGAUGAGUAUGGCAAUACUGGGAAAGCAAAUUGACGGAAUCUGGCACACAGGCAUCAUCGUUUACGGGAAGGAAUACUUCUUUGGUGGCGGCCUGCAAAGCAUGCCCCACGAGCAGUUCGUCCAGAUGCACGGAGGGGUUGGGCCAACCGAGUACAUCGAGCUAGGGUAUACGGAUCUCACACAGGAGCUCUUCGAAGACUUCAACCGAGAAGUACAACCACGCUUCACGGCUCAAACGUACGACCUGAUGAAGCACAACUGCAACACCUACUCCAACGAGGCGUCUCAGUUUCUGCUUGGCAAGGGGAUCCCGGAGUACAUCGUCAAUCUCCCGCAAGAGGUGCUGAAUUCGCCCAUGGGAGGGAUGCUAAGGCCACUCGUGGAACAAAUGACUACACAGAUGAACGGUGCAGAUCCCUACUCUGCUCUACACCACCUGCAGCAACAGCAGCAGCUGGCUGGGGCGGGCAGCGGGGCAGGAGCAGCAGCAUCGCAGCCGACCCAGACUCCAGGCGCGGCUGCGGCAGCAGCGGCCGAACAACGAGCUGCCGCUGCUGGAGCUAGUGCUGCCGAUCCCCCGCAGUGUAAGACGGAUGGCUUCCCUAUCUUGGACAAGCAUACCAAGCCUCUCGUUGGUUCGGACACGGCGAAGGCGGCUCCGGGGGUGGUGGCACGCGUGAAGGCCUUAGGAGCCACGGUCAAGUUGCUUUCUGAGGAGGAAAUUGCCGUGUUGGACGCCCUCCCACCUUCGAUGGCUGCCACGAAGACCACCCCAGUCGCCCCGGGUGGUUUCCGACUCAUGCAGAAAAUCCUGACCAAGGAUUCAGGCUGGCCAGAGAAGGCGACAUUUUUGGCUCUCGUGCUGAUGAGCUUGAUGGUGCUGCACCAGGCGGAGGGCACCGAGAUGGAGGAGGCUAUGAUGCAGGUGGCCAAGCGAGUUCAGACGGCAGGAAACGUACAAGAGCAGCUGUCCGCACAGGCGCUCUCCAUGGCCAUGUGCUCCGCCGCUAACUGCUUCGCAACCGCGGGGGGAAGCGAGUAUAUGGCGCGCGCGGACGUCAUGCCCGGGUGGCUUGAUUCUUCGCUCGCCGGAUUGCAGCACGAGCGGGGCGAAGUUCGCCAGAUGUGCUCCGCCCUCUUGAAUAACUUUUCGCUCGUGCUCUCCGACGCGAUCGCGAGUAAAACCGCUGCCGGGGGACCGGCGGUUGAGAUGUCGGACGAGACGACGCAAAUCCUCUUCGGAGCUUUGGACGGGUUGCAAGACGAGACAUCACAGUUGGUUGCGCUUCGACGUGUCUUAUCCGUAGGGCGGUUGGUGCGAGCGAGCGGCUCGGAAGCAGCAUCACUCAUCAACGAUGUCGGCUUGCGGGACCAGGUGGAGGGCUUUCUGAGCAAGGCGAAGGAAGGAGAAGCGAAGAACGCCGCGGCAGAACUGCUGCGUCUUCUCGGAUAGCCCCCCCCAGUAUAGGCGACACGUCAUGUACAGCGCUUGAAAUGGGAUAUUAGGGGGGGCUGGGGGCAGCGACGGGUGGCUUGCGGGCAGAGUACAAUUUAUUCACUCGUUUUUCCGCUAACUGGAAUCCCGCUCCGGUGUUGUGUUGUUCUUUCAUUUUGUUUUUUGUCUGAGAUUAUUUGGUACACGUUUUGGGGUGCAUGGGAGUCGACAGAUGGUGACUCCUACCCGGGGUCUCAGAAAGGCUUUUGUUGGAAAAGUCUCGGGUCCAUUGGUCGUCGCAGGGAUCGUAUGUUCGCAUGUAGGUAUUGCAGUACUGUCACAAGUACGUGUGUACUGGGAAUGAUGAGCUUCGUGUGAUCCGGGCAAGUUCGCAUUAGAGGGCCACGGUGUUUCCGUGAACCAGCCAUUGCUAAUAUAGCGGAGGGAGUGCUGGUGGUGUUGUUAUUUUUCUUCGUGUGCAGUGUGCAGGCGGUGCCAUCUCCGUCGAAUCGAAUUUGAGCGCCUCCUCCUUAAACGCACUGCCCCCCCCCUUCUGUUGAAUACCCCCCCGUCCCCCGGUUUUCUGUGGAGUACGAAAGUACGCGGUGAUUGACCAUCGGAAAUACUGCUCCCCUAGUGCUCGUACUUUUUUUUUAUGUAUGCUGUGCUGUGCAUAUCGGCUACAUGGGUCCAGCUUGGAAAGGUUUUGCGGACGUCUCGAGCAUGCAUGCCUACUCCGCACCACGGGUAAUCAUCAGCCUUUCUCACCUUUUGUGUAAUUCCCUCACCGGUGUCUUUUUGCCCUGGAAAGGUGCGUGCACGGACGGGGCGAAUGGCCCGAAGCACUUACAGUAUUAGCAUCGCCCUAGACGUGAGGGGCGGGCGCGCCCCUUCCGAAACCAAGCAUGACUUGCGGACGACGGUGUCGUUGACAUUCCGCCACAAGUGGCCCUCAAUAUGUACCCAUCGCACCAUUUUUAGAGCUCCACGGUGGGAAAACGCUGUGGUGUGGCGGUCUUCUAUACCGACGCAGCACAGCAAUUCAUUGUGCCCUGCGAACAAAAUUGUCCCUCCCCGAAGUACCCUUACUUUCAUCACGGCCGAAACACACUAGAAACACUUCCUUGCACUUUUCUUCACCGAACACCGUCCAGGUCGGUGCUCCUCCGAAACUUUUGUGAACCCUAAUUUGUUGUUUCUCAUCCACGUCGCUCCUCGAACUUUCAUAAUCCACCUGUUCCCUGUGCGGACGUGGGACAACAAAAAUGCCGCGGGGAAGUGAUACACAUCGAUUCCCGUUAGCGGGGUGUCAUGAGAAGGAGAGCCUGACGCCGUACACGGCAGUUGUUGCCAUAAAACCUCUACCUCUGCAAGCCUGGUCCAGUUUCCCGUUCCCCCCCGCCCACAACAAGUCUAAGUCCCCACAUCAGCAAACAAAGAAACUCUCAAAAAAGACGUGCACAUCGUUACUUUAAAUGCUCUGGUCAGAAACAACCGAACCACAACGGACAUGUUCGACUCAAUAUACAAGUAUCGAUCCAUUCGUGCCUUUCUACACCGGACCAAGCCCGACGCACGUGCGCGCUUUGCACCUGUUCGGUCUGUCCAACCGCAGCAGGAUGGUGAGAAGCAAUACAAGGAACAACGAAAGCAGCGUAAAGCACGGUACAUCAAAACAAACAAGAGUUCAAGACAGGGCCAUUCAAUAGACUCGUCGAGCGACGUCUCGAGUUUUAUCGGGCUCUCCUGUUCCUACACACACGUCAAAGACAGCUAGUUACGGAGCGCGAUUGCAUCGGUUUCGAGGACCGAAACGAUGGGCACUCUACGCCUUGAAACCAUUCAGACGACACCGUUUGACAACAGAGAGAAAGCGACCUGGGUGAACAGCAACGCUACUAAGCUACAGCCGCGCGCUUCCCCCUGUCUCCCCAAAGUCACCACGGUGUCCACACAGUCUUCACGGCACCCACCAACAUCUACGGCGAAACCUGAUAAUAUACAGCCCUACUGUACAUGUAGCAAAAACGUCUCAGUGGGAAGAACCACCCGAUCGACGUCUCUAUGACUACCGACUACGAGCGCAACAGGGAAUCAUGCACCUGCAUGUGAAGCCCAAUCAAGUGUAAAGCGUAGAAUGACAAAAAAAACAACAGCAGUGCGGGCCGUGCUGUGGUCGACAACCGCGUUCCUUGGAGUACCAACCCCAUUGGACCAUUGGACCUGGUUCAUAAACUUUGGCGGCUUUGAAGUGGUGGCGGUCUUCCGGACAGCGAUUGUGAGGUGAUGGCGUCUGUCCCUCGAUCGGACCGAACUCUAACUUCGGUGGCACAAGGGCCAAUGCACGGCGGUGCAGCAAACUUCUUCCCUUUGGUGACUCAAUUACACAGAAGCCAAUGUACGGUACAACAGGUUUCUUGCCUUGGGCGACUCGUGCUUCUGUCGCGCACCUCCCCCCCCCCAAGAGGAUUGUGACCCACGGUGCCCAACAAGCGGGUAGGAACGGAAACUGGGCACCUGCACGAUGAAAACACAAUAACAAUCGAAAAAGCCUAGGCGGAGAAAAAAAUAGGAAAAGUUGCAAAAAAAUAAAUCGUUUGCAUUAUUUUACGACACGGUACUCCUUUGACCAAUAACCAGAAACGGGUAUACCCGGGUACUUUAUCACCACUUAAGGGUACACUUAAAAAUCAACACGCUUGCACCUCCAGGCUGUCAGCUGAUUGGCCGAAAAACCAUUGUACCCAUUUCUGAAGAAACCUCCAUCGGGUACAACUUCCGCUGGAAUUAGGACCCUCUGGUGUGACCGAUAUUGGUUACUGGUGUACCUGGAAGUUUUCGAUUUGAACCCAGAAAUGGCCAUAUAAUCCCGGCGCCAGACGCUCUAG